GAUCACUGACAGGCAGCUUUCUAUCAUUGACAUUGACUGACAUAUAUACGUAUAUAUAUAGUAUAAAGACAGGAAGUUUUAUAUAUUUAAUAAACAAUUAUAAAGCAAUUAUUUGAUUGUAAUUAAAAAAUGAAAUAUAAGAUAGAAUGGUUAUGACCCAACGCAAAAUGAGACAAAUAGCAAUAUUUAUAAUAUGCUUAAUAUUGAUUCUAGGCUUGUACAAAUCAAUUGUCAAUACCGAGAAUGAAAAAAGUUUCUUUUCAUCCUUUCGAGAAUCAAAUCAGAGUAACAAUGAAAAAAUAUACACUAAUCGUAGAACAGAUGCCAUAUACGAAUCAAAAAAUGAAUUGUCAAAUGCAAAUAUUAAAGAGCUUCAAGAGGCACAUGAAAAAAUAAAAAAUUUAGAAAAAAAAUUAAAUGAAAUGGAAGCUUUGAUUAAUAAUCAAGUGCAUAAAAGUUUUCCAAUAGUUAAAUUUUUAAAUUACAAAAAUCGAAAACGAGUCCUGGUAACAGGUGGUGCUGGAUUUGUAGGAUCACAUUUAGUUGAUCGUCUAAUGCUUGCCGGACAUGAAGUCAUUGUUGUUGAUAAUUUUUUUACUGGUAGAAAACGUAAUGUUGAGCAUUGGGUGGGUCAUGAAAAUUUCGAAAUGGUACAUCACGAUAUUAUAAGGCCUCUAUAUCUCGAGGUUGAAGAAAUUUAUCAUCUCGCUAGUCCUGCUAGUCCACCUCAUUAUAUGCGUAAUCCUGUUAAAACAAUUAAAACUAAUACUUUAGGAACAAUUAAUAUGCUUGGUCUUGCGAAAAGAGUUGGUGCUCGAGUUUUAAUAGCUAGUACGUCUGAAGUUUAUGGCGAUCCAACUCAGCAUCCUCAAACCGAAACCUAUUGGGGCAACGUUAAUCCCAUUGGUCCAAGAGCUUGUUACGAUGAGGGAAAACGAAUCGCUGAAACUUUAAGUUACGCUUACAUGAGACAGGAAGGAGUCGAUAUACGAAUUGCUCGAAUUUUUAAUACUUUUGGUCCAAGAAUGCAUAUGAAUGAUGGAAGAGUUGUUUCAAAUUUUAUACUACAGGCGUUACAAAAUGAUUCGAUAACAAUUUACGGGAAUGGAAAACAAACUAGAUCGUUUCAAUAUGUUUCCGAUUUAGUCGAUGGUUUAAUGGCAUUAAUGGCCUCUAAUUAUAGUCUACCUGUUAAUCUCGGAAAUCCCGUUGAGCACACUAUAGAAGAAUUUGCCAUGUUCAUUAAGGAUUUAAUAGGAGGUACAAGUACAAUAGUGGAGCUUGCCGCACUCGAAGACGAUCCACAGAGACGAAAACCAGAUAUAUCACGAGCAAAGAAAUAUUUAAAUUGGGAGCCAAAAGUACCGUUAGUUGUUGGCCUAAAGAAAACAAUAGCUUAUUUUGCGAAAGAAUUACAAAAAACAAAACGCCACCAAAAAAACGUGAAACAGCCUACCUUAAAAAAUGAUCACGAUAUAAUUGAACAACUAUAGGAUUACUUAAAAAAAAAAAUUAGUUAAUUCUUUUUUUUUUAAUGUCGAUUACGAGAAAAUUAUAAUUUAUGACCACAAUGUGCCAAAUAGUUUUUCAAUUUGGAGAUUUUCAUAUUUUUAUAUUAUUAGAUUCAUUGGUAAACUGGUCGAAUUUUGUACAAGUUCUUUUUUAUGUGAGCAAGUAGAAUUUCGGAGAAGAAGAAUUUUUAAAUUUUGUUCUCUAGAAGUUUAUACGAUAUUAUUCGAAUAUAUACGUAAAUUAUUUAUUGAUAA